UGUCUGUACGGUGUCUCUCACCAGCGUGGCACUGUCUCUGGAGAAGAGGAGGCAAAUGUGAUGGUGUUUAGCGGAUGAAAACACAUUUAAACAGUGAGAACUCAAAGCGUUUGAGGAUUUUACGGACUCACACCAGUGAAUAAUCGCGGGGUUUUUGGUAAAUUUCUCGACGGGCGCGGACACAGCUUGAUACUGAGAGAGAGACUCAACUCUGGUCCUUUCGUCCUGACAUGGACACAGGAACUGUACCAGAAAAGAAAAGGGUGAGCUCGGACCGCAGGAAGGAGAAGUCGAGGGAUGCGGCGCGAAGCCGGCGUGGGAAGGAGUCGGAGGUGUUCUACGAGCUGGCACAGGAGCUGCCCCUGCCCCACAGCGUCAGCUCCAGCCUGGACAAAGCCUCGAUAAUGAGGCUGAUUAUCAGCUACCUGCGCAUGAGGAAACUUCUCAGCACUGAUGAGCCAAUCACCGAGGAGGAAACCGAGCUUGAAUCACAGCUAAACAGCUCCUACCUAAAGGCUCUUGAGGGCUUUCUUUUGGUCCUGUCGGAUGAUGGAGACAUGAUCUAUCUAACCGAGAAUGUCAACAAGUGCCUCGGGCUGGAACAGUUUGACCUGUGUGGACACAGUGUGUUUGACUAUAUACAUCCUUGUGACCAGGAAGAGCUGAGGGAGAUGCUGGUCCACAAAACAGGCUCCAAAAAGGCCAAGGAACCAAACACCGAGCGCAGCUUCUUCCUCCGAAUGAAAUGCACUCUCACCAGCAGGGGCCGCACGGUCAACGUCAAAUCAGCUACAUGGAAGGUGCUCCACUGCUCCGGUCAUGUCCGUGUAUAUGCCACGCACACCGAGGAGACUCCCAACGGGCACCAGGAGCCACCUGUCCCCUACCUGGUUUUGGUCUGCGACCCCAUCCAACAUCCCUCCAACAUUGAGGUCCCUCUUGACACCAAGACUUUUCUCAGCCGCCACACAAUGGACAUGAAGUUCACAUAUUGUGACGAAAGGAUCACUGAGCUCAUGGGUUAUGAUCCAGAAGACCUGUUGAAUCGUUCUGUGUAUGAGUACUAUCAUGCUCUGGACUCGGACCAUCUUACCAAGACUCACCACAACUUGUUUGCAAAGGGCCAAGUGAGCACAGGUCAGUACCGGAUGUUGGCCAAGAGAGGCGGCUUUGUGUGGGUGGAAACACAAGCCACUGUCAUCUACAACAACAAGAACUCCCAGCCACAGUGUGUUGUCUGUGUCAACUUUGUGCUCAGUGGCAUCCAGGAGGAGAAACUGAUAUUGUCCCUGGAGCAGAUCGAGGAUGUGAAGCCAGUGAAGGAGGAGCAGCAGGAGGAAGAAAAGGAUGUGGUUGAGAGCAGCCAGCCAGACAUGUCUCAGUUCCUGCUGAAGGACGAGAAGAAGGGCCCAGAGCUGGAUGUGAUCAAACUCUUCACUCAGGCAGUAGAGGCCAAGCCUCUGGCGAGCCUGUAUGACCAGCUGAAGGCACAGCCAGAGGCCCUCACACUGCUGGCCCCGGCUGCUGGAGACGCCAUCAUCUCUCUGGACUUCAGCUGCCCUGAUUCAGAGAUCCUGCUGCUGGAGGAGGUCCCGCUAUACAAUGAUGUAAUGCUUCCCUCCACCAGCGACAAGCUGGCUCUGCCACUUAGCGAGCCUCUCCGUGUCGCCACCACCAGCUCUGAGGAUGACAAAGCGAAGAGCUAUGCUCCAGUCCGGUGCACCUCAUCGAGCAGCUCCUCAGAGGCCGACAGUCCGCUGGACUUUUGUUAUCCCAUGGACUCGGAGAUGAGCUCAGAUUUCAAACUAGACCUGGUGGAGAAGCUGUUUGCCAUUGAUACAGAGCCCAAGGCCCCCUUCACCACACAGGCAAUGGAAGACUUAGAUCUGGAGAUGUUGGCUCCCUACAUCCCCAUGGAUGAUGACUUCCAGCUGCGCAGUCUGACCCCAGAAGAGUCUCUAUCUUGCGGAUCAGUCCAGUCCCUUCAGAAUUCUCCAGUCCACAUGACACAGGACAUUCACAGCUACCCCAGCUCCCCAUUCAGUGCACCAGGUAGUCGCACAGCUUCCCCGGCACCACUUACCGCCCCUCAUCCUGCCACCAUCGUUGCUAAGAGGACCCCACAGCUGGACAAAGAAGUCUCGCUCAGGACCCUGGCAGCUCAGAAUUCACAGCGCAAAAGAAAGCUGGGUGACAUAAUAGAGAUUAUUGGACAGGAAACUUUGCCCCAGGAACAAGUGGAGCAGGGCAAAAAGCUGAAGGCCUCAAAGUCAGCAACAACCAGGACCAUACUUCUGCUGCCUUCAGAUUUGGCGAGUCGUCUGCUGGGAAGCACGGCCGAGGGCACCGGUUCCCUUUUCACGCUGCCACAGCUCACCCGCUACGACUGCGAGGUCAAUGCCCCCUUGCAGGGCCGUCAGUCCCUGCUGCAGGGAGAGGAGCUGCUGUGCGCUCUGGACCACGUCAAUACAAUCUAGCUAAAAAUAAAAGGAGUCCCUGUUCACUGCUGGACACUACAAUGUCUCCCUCAUAUUGUCACUCCCUUUCCAAGAGCCCUGACCUCGCCCCACUGCUCCUUAUUUAUGUAACUGUAUGAGUUUGAUUCUCGUCUGGCUGCUGUUUGUACACCUUGUGAUAUCUGCAGCAUUCCACCGUGGCAAACACCAUAGCAGCAUCUGGGUUUUGGUGCAAAGGAUUCAGGCAUCAUGAGAUGUCCAAUUGUCUUUUUUUUUUUUUUAUUUCCUCUCUAUUCCGGGGAAUCUCUCGGCACAUGCCCCUUUUCCAGCAGGUCACAACAGAACCUGGGUCUACUGCCAGCAGUGUAUUGUAAGCUUCAGUCGCACAAUUUAUAUUUUCUUAAAAAGAAAAAUAUUACCAGCAAUAUAUAUUAAGCCUUUUUAAAGUCAUUUUAAUGGGAUUUAAAUGAUCAAUUUAAUUUCUCCUCCCAUACUUGUAUGUUGUAGUACUUGUACCUAACAAGAUGUCCUAAGUCCAGAUCAAGUACGAACAUAUUGUUUAGACCUUAGGUGGUUUGAAUGUUCCCUCCACUUAGCAAUCAGUCUUUGACGUAGAUGCAUUUAAUUAUGUAGCAGUCCAGUACAUGUCACUUUAUUACUUUACUGUAAGUGUGUGUUACUGUACAUAUACUAGGGAAAUUACUUGGUGUGGCUUCACAGCUUUGACUUCUCUUACUAUGAAAUCUGAGAGUAACUGCUUCACUUCUUUUGUUUGCUUCUCAUCAUAGAGGAUCGGCAUUUUUCUUGAACAUGAAGUCAAUUCAUGUUUUGGGUUUUUACUGUGAGUGACAUAAUUAAAUUUAAUUUUAAAAUUAGUGGGAUGUUCAUAUUUUCAUAUUGUAGCACUAUUGAGUUCUCAAACCUGUUUGCAAACACCAUUGAUCCAUGCCACAUUGUUGGGUCUCUCAUGCUUCUUGAUGCCGUCCAACAUUAAAUGGCUUUAAAUAAAGUACAUUGUUUCAGGUUCAA